GUUGACCUUGGAUAGACAUUUCGAAUGUAUUUUCAGGCAAGAACAGAUUAUUAUUCGAAUAUCAUAGCUGUAAAUACCUAAAAAUCAUUUUCAUUAGCCAGUAUUACUUCAAAAGUGGUCUAGAAUACAUUGAAUAAAAUAAAAAAAAAAAGCAAACACAUUUAUUUUUUACACCGACGACAUUAUACAUAUAUAUUUUCGGUGGAGAGAAAAUAUGGAGUUGAUCACAUUAAUAACAAUUUUAUUAUGUGGUCCUGUAAUUUUUUUGUUGAUUUUGGAUUAUUAUAAUCAUCACAAUAAAAAAGGAUGUCAAAUUAAUAAAAUUCCAGGACCAAAGCCUUUGCCAAUACUUGGUAAUCUUUUAUCUGUUUUGUCACAACCUGAUGGAUUUUGGGGAUUUGGUAAAAAUAUAACUAAGAAAUACGGUCCAGUUUGCAAAUUCUGGGUUUUCAAUCAGGCUAUUGUUUAUGUCAGUGAUCCUGAUGAUAUCAAGGUAGUGUUGAGUAGUACAUCAAAUAUUGAUAAGAGUCCAGAAUACCAUUUAUUGCACCCAUGGCUUAAUACAGGACUUGUUACCAGCACAGGGAAAAAAUGGCAACAACGUAGAAAAAUUGCAAAUACUGCAUUUCAUUAUAAUGUACUUCAAGAAUAUUUUCAUACAAUUGCAGUGAAAACUAAUAAUCUUGUUCAAGUUCUUCGAGCUGAAGCUGAUACAGGUGAAAUUAUCAAGGAGCUUCGUCCUAUUACAAGUUCAGUAGCAGUUGAAAUUAUAUGUGAAACAGCCAUGGGAACAUUGGUAAAAGAUAAUAAUAUCAGCUUGAAAAAAUAUUACAAAGCAGUUCAUGAUUUUGGAAAAGCUUUUGCUUACAGACUAUCGAGAAUUUGGCUGUAUAAUGAUUGGAUAUUCUCAAUGACAUCUAAAGGCCAUGAGUUAUCAGAAGUUGUAGAAAUACUUCAUGGAUUUACUAAAAGUAUUAUAGAACAAAGAAAAAAAUAUCACAAUGAAACUGAGGGAAAGUAUUUGUCAAUAGAAAAUACCCAAGAAGAUGAAGAAGCUGUAAAAAGUAAGAGAAAAAAGCUCGCUCUUUUGGAUAGUUUAAUAGCAGCAUCUAAAAAUAAUCAGGCAAUUGAUGAUGAUGGAAUACAAGAAGAAGUUGAUACAUUUGUUUUUGCAGGUCAUGAUACUGUGAGCACUGCAUUGCUUUGUACUAUUAAACUACUUGCUGAGCAUAAAGAUAUUCAGGCAACAGCUAGAGAAGAAGUCAAUCAAGUCUUGACGAAGACAGGUGGAGAAAUAACAAUGGCUGCAGUUCAGCAAUUUUGUUAUUUAGAAAGAUGUAUCAAGGAGACAUUGAGAUUUUAUCCAAGUGUUCCCGUCAUAAAUCGAAAAAUCACUGAAGAUGUUCAACUGAAAAAAUAUUUGAUACCAGCUGGAUUAACUUUGAAUAUUCAUAUUUACAACGCUCACCAUGAUCCUAAUUUUUGGCCUGAUCCUGAAGUAUUUGAUCCAGAUAGAUUCUUGCCAGAGAAUAGUAUUGGAAGACAUUCACAUGCCUAUGUACCAUUUAGUGCAGGACCAAGAAAUUGCAUUGGUCAAAAGUUUGCUAUGAUUGAAUUGAAAACAGUUGUUGCUGGAUUAUUACACAAUUUUUAUUUCGAACCAACAGACGUUAAAGGCACUGAUGAUAAUCAAUUGACUCAAGAAAUCAUUUUGAAGUGGACCAAGCCGGUUUAUACCAAGUUUAUACCAAUUUUAAAAUAAUUUUCUUACACAGUGGCAAAUUAAUUGAACAAUAUUAAUAUUCA